AUGGACGAGAACCUGCCUCCAGCCCGCUCGCAGCUCACCCAGCGCGCGGCGUUAUCUCGGGCGCGGCCUGCGUUGAGUCUGCAGCGGAUUGUGGGCGCAGGAGCAUGUGAAGCUUGUCGCGGCCGCAUCACCAAGGUCCAGGUCCACGCACACCAUCACCCCCAGCAUGCCCUCCUCCGGCACAUCUUCGCUCAUCUGCGCUCCCAGCCAUGGCACGUCGCCCAGGACAUCCUCACCCAGCUGCGUCGCGGCACCGACGAGCGCACCCUCCUCCGUUUCCUUGAGUAUGGCAGUCUACGUGUCCAGCUCAAGCUGGUUCCAGACACGACAUACCAGUUCACCGCUCCCUAUCUUGCUGACAUGAUGCCGCUGUUUGACGGUGCCGACAACCCCUACCUUGCCUCCAGACUGUACAAGGCCCUGUCGAACGAGACUGCCCAUCACGGCACCGACAUCCAGGAGCAGACUGACAGCGCCAUCUACCACGUGCCCUAUCCCGGCACCCGCAUGUACGAUCCACGCAUGUCGCCAGACACGCUGAGGCCGUCCAAGUGGACUUCGAUAAGCGACGACGACGUCUUCCUCACCCGCCUUCUCGAAGGCUACUUCCUGUACGAGUUCCCAUUGUGGCCUUGCUUCCACAAAGAUCACUUUCUCGAUGACAUGACUGCUGGAAGGACUGAUUACUCCGGAAAGGCUCUUCCAGAAGACGACGGAGAUAACAAUCUCGAUAUUGAGCAGGCCGGUCGUUAUCAUUCUAUGCUGGUUCAAUGGUUCCAUGAUCUUCCAGAGCCGCUACAGCCACAAAAUGCUGCUAUGCCGACACAGCUUCUGCUACACAUGCAGUUCCACAACCUCGUUACUAUGACCUUCCAACCGUUCCUGGAAAGAGAAAAGGCCCUCAACUGGCCCAACAAUAGUGGCGCGUUCCAAAAGUAUACAGGCUUCAGUCCGGCACAACUAUAUGCUGCCUCGAAAGCGAGUCUUCAGACGCUUCUCCAUAUGUUCUUCCAUCGUCACGGUUUUGAAGCAUAUUACAUAUUCCUGCUCCAGGUCCUCGUUCAGCUAGGCUUCGACUCGAUCGAGCGUCUACGCACCCCAGAAGCGCAACAAGAGCAUUUCCCAGCCAUAAUGAAAGCUACACGAGCCACACUUAUAUUGUGCGCCAAGGGCUUGCGCGACCAAGGCCAUAACUUCUUCUUAUCUGAACUCGUAUUCCGCAUUUUGCGCGACAAGAUGAAUCCGGUAGACGUCAAGCUGCUCAAGGACUGGGCGCACAUCAAAGACGAAGAUGACAGGGAGAAGUCGAUGAUGGAACACGUCUAUGGCGAAUACCCUGUCAACGUAGAGUCCAUCACCUCGGAUCCGACCGAACAACGUCUGAAUCGGCUGUUGCAGACUAUGGCUGAUCUCAAGCUUCCGAACGAUACUACUGAGCCAACUCAGCAAGAUAGGGCAUCGAGGACAUGGCGAAGCAUCGUUUUUUGA